AUGGGUUUGCUCAGUGUUAGACGGUGCCUUCCUAUGUCACGCGCCUUCCUUAUCCCAUAUUCUGCAGCUCUUGUCCGACAACGUAUCAAUGGUCUAUCGCUUCGUUCUCAUCGUUCUAUAAGGCAUUACUCGGCUACUCGUUCUGUUUAUGCUUCUGCAAUGACCCACCAAUCGACUUCUUCAAUCGGUCCUAAUCGUGCCCUUGCUGAUCAGGAACAAAAAGCAAAUAGAGAGCUAUCCAGUCCGGCAGCUCAGGCAGACUUCUACCGUUCUCUUUUGCGAGCUAAUUAUCCCCAUAUUGUCGUAUCUCGUUAUGAAACUCCCGGGAUUUCCAUCAACAACGAGUGUGCUCAACUGUAUGUUGAGGCCCUUUUGAAAAUGGGUAAUCGUCAAAAGGCUGACAGAAUCGCAAGGACAUAUGGGAUUAUUCCUUCUAUCACUUACAGUUCGGCCAAUGGUGUUGGAUCUUCUAUCAAUGAAUCACCUAUGAGCAAUGGUGCUUCUGCCGGAUCUGCCGGAUCUGGUAAUCCUUGGGGACCUGGUAGCAAAGAGGCACCUAUUCAUGUUGUGGUCUCUGAAAGUAUCGCAGUCACAUUUUCCAAAUGGAUAAAGUGGAUCAUUCCUAUUGGUUUACUUACGUACGGUGCCUAUAUCGCUUUCAACUUCCUUGUGGAAAAUGGCUCCAUCAUCAAGAGCGCUACUGUCGAUGAUAAGUCGGUCGAAGUUAGUGAAUCUGAUGUCAAGUUCUCAGACUGCUGCGGUGUCGAUGAGGCUAAGGCCGAGUUGGAAGAAGUCGUUGAAUUUUUGAAAGACCCCUCUAAAUUUACUAGCCUCGGAGCUCAGUUACCUAAGGGUGUUCUAUUGACUGGUCCUCCAGGUACGGGUAAAACUUUGCUUGCAAGAGCCACCGCCGGUGAAGCUGGUGUUCCAUUCUUCUUUAUGUCUGGUUCCGAGUUUGAUGAGAUGUAUGUUGGUGUCGGUGCUAAACGUGUUCGUGAAUUGUUUAACAAAGCACGUGCUAGAGCCCCUUCCAUCAUCUUCAUCGAUGAAUUGGAUGCCGUUGGUGGUAAGAGAAAAUCCCGUGAUCAGGCAUAUGCCAAACAGACUCUAAAUCAGUUACUAGUUGAAUUGGAUGGCUUCUCUCAGACAGAGGGUGUCGUCAUCAUUGGUGCUACAAACUUCCCUGAUUCUUUGGAUAAGGCACUUACUAGACCCGGUAGGUUUGAUAAAAUUGUGACUGUGGAUUUACCUGAUGUCAGGGGACGUACUGAGAUCUUGAAGCACCAUUUAAAGAACAUUGCCUGUUCCAAAGAGGUUGAUCCCUCCGUCAUUGCCCGUGGUACCACCGGUCUUUCCGGUGCUGCACUGAAGAACUUGGUUAAUACCGCUGCAUUGUACGCCUCUCAUGAGAAUGCUCUUAGUGUCAACAUGAAUCAUCUUGAAUGGGCCAAAGAUAAAGUCUUGAUGGGCGGUGAAAGAAAAACCAUGGUUAUGACCGAGGAAACAAGACGUAAUACUGCAUAUCACGAAGCUGGUCAUGCCAUCGCUGCAAUGUUUACUGAGGGUGCCACCCCUUUGUACAAAGCCACAAUCUUACCUCGUGGUCGUGCCUUGGGUAUCACUUUUCAACUUCCGGAAAUGGAUAAGCUUGAUAUUACCCGCCGUGAAUGUAUAGCUCGUCUGGACGUUUGCAUGGGUGGUAAAAUUGCUGAAGAAAUGCUUUAUGGUCCAUUUAAUGUUACUUCUGGUUGUAGUUCUGAUUUGAGUUCGGCCACUGAAACCGCUAGGGCCAUGGUUACUGCAUAUGGUAUGUCAGAUAAGAUCGGCCCUGUGAAACUUUCUGAUAAAUGGGACUCCUGGUCGCUCAAGGUCCGUGAUAUGGCUGACGAGGAAACUAGAAAACUACUAGUAGCUUCUGAAGAGAGAACAAGAAAGUUACUUCACGAAAAACGCAUAGAAUUGAAACGGUUGGCUGAAGGUUUACUUCAGUAUGAGACUUUAACACGCAUGGAAAUGGAUAAAAUUGUUAAGGGCGAACUCAUAGAUAAGGCCAAAAUGACCUCUAAUAAGAUUAUUAAGGGUCCUAGCACUCGCAAGGAGUACGAUGUCACUUCUGGUAAUAAGGCUACUUUGAGUGUGGUUGCAGCUGAAGAAUAG